CCGUUUCUUCCAGUUUUAUUUUCAAGUCCCUUUCCCCGCUCCAACGAGACAGAGAGAGAGAGAGGAGCAGUUGGUUGAGACCAGAGGGAGAUGGAUCUGCUGGAGAGGAGCACUAUUAAGGCGGAGGAAGGGGAGAGGAAGGAGGAGCAGCAGCAGCAACAGGAGAAGGAGGCCCAGCAAGGACUCACAAGGCCCCCCCUCGCCAACGGCAGCAGCAGGCCUGGAAUGUUCCCAAUGUCGAGCCCCCCUGCUAAUCCUACGCAGCUUACCAUUUUUUAUGGUGGAUCAGUAUGUGUGUUUGACUCAGUGACUCCGGAGAAGGCUCAAGCCAUCAUGCUCAUUGCAGCAGCAGCUGCUGCCGCUACAAAGAGCAACGGCACUAAUGCUGUUAAGCCUCUAGCAAUGCCUCUGACCAAUGCUGCAGUCUCUCCUGUGCUUACACGGUCACCCUCACUGCAGAGCACUUCUGUAGCAACUGGACAACUUCAGGCUCUUGCAGAUCCUAGCUCGAUUUGCAAGCUUCAGGCUGAUCUCCCCAUUGCCAGGAGGCACUCCCUUGCGCGCUUCCUGGAGAAACGUCGUGACAGGGUCGUGAGCAAAGCUCCUUACAGCGCCGUGAAACCAUCCGAGGGCAUGGGAGCGUCUGGGAUUGAGAUGGCCGCGGAGGGCAUGGCCCAGUAACCCAAACACAGCCCCCCCGACGUUCAGAAGGGAAGGGUGUGUUAGCUGAUGUGAUGUCACACCUUAGAAUCGUCGUCGUAAUAAUAAUCCGUCCAGAACCUUCAUUGCCAUUGUUGUUCUGUUCUCAUGUGCCGUUAGUUUUUUACUCUGCCAUGAACUCGUCUACUCCACCGAACCGAACUGCUAUGAUAUACUAUGUCACUGUAAUGUGUAUCUGCCUGACUGCUACAUUUGAUAUUGUAGUCAAUGAUACCAUCCGUGUCGUCCCAGUUUCAAAUGUCUAUGUUGGCUUGGAAA